AUGCGGAAGAGGGAUCUGGAGCAGCCAGUGGAAGCUGUCCAGCACCUAAGGGCUCUCAGCCACCUUCCGGACUAUAUUGAGCAACGGCUUAACUGGACAGAUACUCAGCAGUGCCAAGGAUUCCAGCUCUCCAAACACUUCAAUAAGCAGCCCUCUCUGCAGAAAGACUUUCCAGGAUUGUCCUUGACCCCUGUGAUUGCUGAUGGAGAGACACAGAUCUUUGUGAAGACCCUGAUGGGCAAAGCCACCACCCUUGAGGUCAAGCCCAGUGACACCACUGAGAACGUCAGAGUCAAAAUCCAAGACAAAGAGGGCACCCCACCUGUCCAGCAGCAUCUGAUUUUCUCGGGCAAACAGCUGGAGGUUGGCCACAUUCUGUCAGACUACAAUAUCCAGAAAGAGUCCACCCUGCUGGUGCUUCGCCCAUGGGGUGGCAUCAUGGAGCUUUCCCUCCACCAGCCGGCCCAGAAACACACCUGUGACAAGAGGAUCAGGUGCAAGCCUCAUGCUCACCUGCACCCUUGUGCGAUCAACUGCCGCAAGGAGAGCAGCGGCCACACCGACAACCUGCACCCCAAGAAGAAGGUCAAGUAA